AGUAAUCACCAUCAACCACCCCCAAGCAACUUCAACCUCGUUGUCGUCUACUGCUCGUUCUCAUCCAGGCAUCCUUUUUUACUCGAUCUGCCUCGCGGUCAAUUUUGGCAUGGUUUUUGCCUCCAUAUUGCGACCAUGGACACAGAAAUUAACCCGGCUUCUCUCUUCCGCCCAGUGAAGAAGAGAAAGUUCUUGCGACGGCGACUGGAGGACAGCUCAGAGCAUGCUCAAGUCACUAUCACGGAGGACACUGGCCAGUCGUUGGAUGGACCCUCGUCUCUGCCUCAGUCGGGUGGCUUGAAAGCAAAGAAUAUUUUAGAUGCUGCUCGUCUCCGGCGAUUGCAACGGACUCGCAAGGGAGGCAUCGAAUUCUCGGCCACCUCACGGCCAACGCUCGAGGGUGACAGCCAGACAAGUCUAACUCAUGCGACAGCUGAAGACUUGGAGAGUGAAAGGUUGCAAGCGAUGUGUGAUAGGUUCACAGCGCAUACAGGUCAGACGGUGGACGUUGAUAAGCAUAUGAUGGCUUACAUAGAAUCCGAGAUGGCUAAGCGAUAUCGAGGCAGCGUGUCGACGGAGGAGACUCGUGAUAACUCAUCCACGUUAAACACAGGGCCACCUGCUCCGCCGGUAGCUGACCUACCAAAACGUGAACCGGCGUCGCUGGGAAAAUUGCACGAAAUAGACCUUGGUCAGGAAACCAAAUUACAAAAUAUCGCUCGGACUGAAGCAGCUACGAGAAAGCUUGCUGGGAACGACAACGAAUUGGCCUCCGCGGUAGAAGCUGACUCCAAGGCGACAUCUUCAGGGAAGGAGUUGAGAUCAUGGCGCAACCGGAAUCGACGAACCAGAGAGGAUGUCGAAAGAGAUCGACUAGUUGAAGAAGUGUUACGAGAAAGUAAAUUGGACGUCUAUGAUGGCCCAUUGGAAGACGAGGAAGAUGGAGUAGGGGAAGCGGAUGGCCAAGCCGCCGACGACCGAGUGGCAGAACAAUUCCGAAAAGAUUUUCUCGAUGCGAUUCAGUCCCGUCGUCGAGUGGCAAGAGCGAGAAAUACCAAAACCACCAAAACUGAAGCUCCCCGGGGACCCAAGCUAGGGGGGAGUCGAAGUGCUCGGGCUGCAAUGCGUGAGAUGCAGGAGAAAUCAGGACGAAAAUAAAGCUCUGGCGUUUUCCCAUUGCAAGGUGCAACAGGAAUGUUACGGUGCAGCGUUUGUAGCUCUUAGUAUCCAGUAGUAAUGAUGAUGAAUCAAGAAUUGCG